AUUCCUCUACCAAAACGUCUUCACCUUCAUCUUCUUUCUCUUCUCAUUCGAAAUAACAUCUACAAAUUAAAUAAACAAAUAAUAUCAAAACACAAAGAGAGAAAAAUGAGUGAUGUUCGAGUAAACGCAGAUCAACAAGAAGAAGGAGAACAACAACAAAACCUGGUCAAAGCACCGGUCAAGCGAUCCCUCGGCCUCCUCAUCACCACUUACGGCUGCCUCUUCGUCGGCUCCAUCGCCUCGAGCCUCCUCGCGAAAUACUACUUCGUCCACGGUGGCUCGAGCCGGUGGGUCUCCACGUGGGUCCAAUCCGCCGGAUUCCCACUCCUCCUCGGGCUUAUCUACUUCCCUCGCUUCGUCUUCAAAACAACUAAGCGCCGUCCCUUCACGCGCUUCACACACCGCCAUCUCCUCUUCUCCGUCGUAAUCGGACUCAUCCUCGGUUUCAACAACUUCCUCUUCUCAUGGGGUACCUCGUACCUCCCAGUGUCCACAUCAUCACUUCUCCUCUCGACACAACUCAUCUUCACUCUGAUCUUGUCCGUGAUCAUAGUGAAACAGAAAGUCACUUUCUCAAAUCUCAAUUGUGUUGUUCUCUUAACGUUAAGCUCUGUUUUAUUAGCUCUCGGUUCGAGCCAAGAUAAACCGGCCGGUUUAACUAAAACCAAAUAUUUCAUCGGGUUUUUAUCCACGAUCGGAGCCGGUUUACUCUUCGCGCUCUACCUGCCCGUGACGGAGAGGGUCUACAGGUCCGUUUAUUGCUACGCGAUGGUCAUGGAGAUGCAACUGGUUAUGGAAUUUUCUGCCACGGUUUUCGCCACAAUCGGUAUGGCUUUCGACGGCGGGUUUAAAGAUAUGGUUAAGGAAGCGAACCAAGUUUUCACUAAAGGACCGACGGUUUACUGGACAGUGGCGAUUUUAGCGAAUGUGGUGACAUGGCAGCUCUGUUUCGCGGCCACGUCAGGGAUGGUUUAUUUGACGUCUGGUAUCACCGGAGGUAUCUGCAUGACGGCGUUACUAGCUAUGAAUGUGAUUGGAGGUGUGGUGGUGUACGGCGAUGCGUUCGGCGGCGUGAAGAUUGUGUCGACGGUGCUAUGUAUUUGGGGAUUCUCGUCUUAUGUAUAUGGGAUUUACGUGAAGAUGAAGAAGGAUGAGGAGAAGGAGGAGGGACACACCGGUAUGAAGACGGUGGAAGACGGUGGAGAGUUAGAGUUGGAGAUGGGUAAGGUUAAAGAUGACGUGGCGGCGGCGGAUGAAAGAGUUUGAUGAUAUGUGUGAUUGAGAUAGUCGUUAUGAUUUUUAGGAAGUCAAAUAAAAAGUAGUAUCUUUUAUGUGUUCUUUCUUUUUCUUCUCAACUUUUAUUUUUAUUUUUAGG